CAAGUUCCCUUGCCUCCGCACUGUCAGUAACCACCCGACAUUUAUGAACAUGGGUUCUCUCAUGCGUGCCGUCGCCCUGACUGGCGCGUUCAACAUUACUGUUAUUGAUGUGCCCAGGCCCACCAUCAUCAAUGGGACCGACGCCAUUGUGCGCAUUGCAGCGUCCGGCAUAUGCGGUAGCGACCUACAUAUAUACCACGAUAAUCCAGCUUCGCCUGAGAACCCUCAACAGAUAGGCCAUGAGGCCAUUGGUUAUAUAGAGGAAGUUGGUGACUCUGUCGAGACCCUGAAUACGAGCGACUGGGUUGUCGUUCCAUUCGCGUUUGAUGAUGGUCAUUAUCAAUAUGGACCCACGAUUGACGCGCCGUCGGCAUCAUCUACAGGCAUGCAAGAUGAGUUUACUUUUGUAAAUCGCAGUCGUCCUUCUGAGUAUCGUGCACCCUAAUAUGUUGGCAGCCGAGUAUGCGCGCAUUCCGUACGCGGACGACUCCCUUAUGCCCGUGCCCAUCAACAGUAGCACAAAUUCGUCCACUCUUCAUGACUAUCUCUUCAUGUCGGAUAUUCUCGCUACAGGCUGGACAGCGCUUGACUUUGCCGGGCAGGGUCCUGGAGAUACGGUUGCAGUAUUCGGCGCCGGACCCGUGGGCCAAAUGGCCAUUCUCUCUGCCAGAGUGCGCGGCGCGUCCAAGAUCUACGUCGUAGACCAUGUACAAGACCGCCUGGAUCUGGCUGCCUCCCACGGUGCCAUUCCUAUUAACUUUGCGUCAGAGGACCCGGUGGAAGCGCUGCGUCGCCUCGAGCCGGCUGGCAUUACGCGUGUCGUCGACUGUGUUGGGUACGAGGCUGAAGAUGCACAGGGUAAUGUAAACAGCAGCAUUGUGCUGCACCACGCGGGACAGGUCGUGGCGCCACAGGGGGGCAUUGGCGUCGUUGGAGUAUACGGCAGCGGAAGCCAAGCACAGACGAUUGACAUCAAGCCCCUUUUCAUGAACAACUUCUCGGUGCGUGGAGGCGUCUCGUCCCCUCUGGACCUUGGCACUGAGAUGCUCAAACUCAUCGGCACUGGUCAUUUGCAUCCAGGCUCCAUUGUGAGCGCCGUUAUCGGGAUCGAGGAUGCGCCUCAGUACUAUGGGCGGUUCGACCGUCGUGAAGAGACCAAGGUCGUUAUUGAGUUUCCUCUUUGAACGGAAUCUCAGUUCUGAGCACAACAAAUAGCUUGUAUUACUGACUACUUCAAACCUUGUGGGGAUGACACCAUCAAGUGGGCGCGCGCGCUGUAUGGGUGGUUGUUCAGUAGAUACAGGGUUCCAGGAUUCCUGUGGUUUAAAUGUUAACAACAGAGUUUGAUUAGGUUCUGGAAGGGGAGUCUCACGAUUAGAUAUUGUUUGACAGGGAGUUGUCCCCAUAAGGGGAGAUAGUCAAGUGCCAUAUUAUAGGAAAGAGAUUAGGCGGAGAGUUGACAGAGGCCUGGAGGACGGAGGGGAAACAGAAGUUACAGAACCGAGAGUCGACAGUCUAUCUAGGCACGCCAACGGACUAGGUAGAUUCAUUAUUAGGGUGCUACAGGACUAUGCGC